AUGAACACCGGAGAAUAUGAGAAAAAAGUGGCGAAAGUCGAUUUGUCCCGGAGAUUUCGCUACGAGGGUAACAUUGCUGCUAGCUCAUUACGGUCGGUCCAUGAAGAAGUACCAGGCUGUCCCGAACCUGGACAACAUCAUACCGUACAUAGUGAGCGUGCAGAUCGCCCUCCGCAUCAUAUCAUGGUGUCCCGGGCCAUUAAUGAUGCAGAAAGGCGAGCGCGAAAAUUUGAGCAUGAGGAAAUGGGUAAGGGUAAAGCAGAAAUCGCAGUCGUAACUGCACAACGGUGUCGUAACGUCAGCUCUGAUUGUGAUUAUGCCUGUAGAAUGCAGUAUGUGUGA